AUGACCGCAGUUAGUGUCUUGCUUUGGUUGGCAUUGCUGGCGUUACUUCUGUACCGAUUCUACCUGCACAACAUCAAACGGCCACCCAACUAUCCUCCCGGUCCACCUAGGAUACCGUUGCUCGAGGACUAUGGGUUACUUCUGCUGAUCAACUACCGUCAUUUGCACCGAGCUGCCUACCGACUGGCCAGAUUCUACCGCACAAAAGUCCUCGGCCUCUCGCUGGCCGGUGUACCGACGCUCGUCAUAAACGAUCUCGCGGUGGCACGGGAGGUGCUAACGCGCCGCGAGUUCGAUGGGCGGCCGAAUCUCUUUCUCGCGCUGAUGCGCGAAAAGCAUUUUAAACGGCGAGGCGUAUUUUUCACCGAUGGCCCCGAGUGGCGAGACCAGCGCUGGUUUUUCCUACGCUACUUGCGGGAUUACGGAUUCGGCAAACGAUCGGAGCAGUACGAGCUGGAGGUAGGGUAUGAGUUACAGGAACUGGUGAAUGUACUUAAAAAGGGACCGCAGUUUGAAUAUGAACGUGAUUACAUGCGGGAUGGUUCCGUAAAAUGUCCGGAUGUAUUCUUCGUCGUGCUGGCGAACGCAUUACUUCAAAUAUUUGUCGGUGAGCGUUACCACCGAUCGAAAGCUGAAGCGCUAGUAAAGGCUAGUCGAAAGGGUUUGCUAUUUUUACGAAAUGGUGAUGAUUACGGCACCAUAUUCAGUUACUUUCCUUGGUUAAGGCAUGUGUAUCCUUUCACGAUAAAAUAUAGAAAAAUUCGAGAAGGAAUGCUCGGGUUGGCUCAGUUAAUGGAAAUCAUCGUAAAGAGGCAGCAAAACACAUUCGAUUCCGGUAAUCCCCGAAACUUCGUCGACCUCUACCUCCGUGAGAUGCAAAGACAUGUUCCACAGGACGACAUUUUCACAUUCCAAUUUGAUCAGCUUGUAGCUGGAAUGGCCGAUUUCUACCUGCCCGCCGUUUCCGGUGCAGCAGUUCAGCUUUCUAUGCUGAUGGAGCGUCUGCUGCUACAGCCGAACGUUGCCAGGCGCAUCCAGCAGGAGAUCGACGACUGCGUUGGUACUGGCCGUCUGCCAACGCUAGACGAUCGGAUUAACAUGCCCUACACGGAGGCCACCCUUCGAGAAGGAUUACGCAUCGAUACGCUGGUACCGUCUGGAAUUGUGCACCGAACGAUGCAAAAUGCCACCCUUCAAGGGUACGCAAUACCCGAGAACACCCUGAUCCUGACCAGCUUGGAUAGGGUCAACAAUCAACCGGAAGCGUGGGGGGACCCGGAAACGUUCCGGCCAGAGCGAUUCCUGGACGACGACGGAAAGAUUGCACUCUCCAAAGAUCGUUCGAUACCUUUUGGCGCUGGGAAGCGACUGUGCGCUGGUGAAACGUAUGCUCGCAAUACGAUGUUCCUUGUCCUGACCACGAUCGUGCAAAACUUCGAUCUGCAACAGCGCGCAUCGGAUCAGUUGCCUGAUUUAUCGAAACGGCGUACAGCGUUUGUCACUAGCCCGGACGAUUUUUGGAUAAAGUUUGUACCGCGGUAA